AUGUCGCUCGCACCUUUCGCCGGCAGGCUCCCGCCUCUCACUUCGCCCCAGACGUUCCGGGUGUACCUCAAGAAUGAUAGAUUCCUCGAAAGACUCGUUCUACCUCAGCUUGACAUCCUCCUCGAUCAUACGACGACAUUCCCCCCGCAUGUAUACGCAACAGCGCCAAUCCGCAUUCAUCGCGUAGAUGACUUGGCAGAGGCAGAUGUUGAGCUCGUGUGGGAUGCAGAGACAAAGACGCUGGUGGUGUCUCCUCGCGAGAGCCCCGCCUUGUCCUUUCAGAGUAUGAGCAACUUCCCGCCGACGUUCGACGAGAACAGCCUCCGUCAGCAGUAUCGCGGCAAGGGAAGCCCGCUGCCACCUUUCGCGGAAUAUAUCUACAACGCCGCGCGGGCGUUCGCCUUGCUGAAGCAUCGCAACCCUCGUGAUGGCCCCCGCGAUAUGCGCAGUGAAGUGGCGAUCUGGGUUGCCCGUCUCGUACAAGGAUCGGAUGCUCUCCGGCGGUUACCAUCGUGUGGAAUGGAGGUCAUCACAGACGUCGACCUCUUCAUGCAGGAAAAAGGAUGUGAAGUUAUCACGCAGGAAGUGUAUUCAGACGGAGGGCACGGCAUCGUCGCGCACAACUACAACCCCAACGCGUUGUACGUCGCACUGGUCAAGAUCCCUAGCAUUACCCUCAAGCCCGAGAUCUGCUAUUGUACGCAGAUACAGGGCGAUGGCGGAGAGGCUCUGUUAUUUCAGCGCAACGCCAGCGGCGAGGUGCUCGGUCUGCUUCGUUUCGAGGUGCAUGCCGGGCAAUCCUUCAACGUCGAUAUUGUGCUCGUGGUGUUCUCGUCGGAGCCGAUUGACGACAUAGACGACAUGAUUGCGGAAAAGAAGGUCUGGGAUGCGAUGAACGUGACAUUCGUUUGUCACUCUCCGGACGACUCGGACACUGAUACUAUCGGGUACGGCGAGGAGGAGCAGGACAUCACCGAUGCGCUCGUCCGGAGCGCGAGAGACCUGAAGUUGUAG